AUGCCUUUUGGAAAUCAGGAUUCCGGAGUGACUGGCGGGGCCAAAUUCGUCACAUCGACCCUCGGCAACGCGGUCGGCGGCGUCUCUCGCACUGUUGGCGGGGUGACAGGCGCCGCGGGGCGAGGUAUCGGCGAUACCAUCACCGGCGCCACGGGGAGCGCAGGGAAGCCUGUUGGCGAUGCACUAGGGAGUGUGGGCAGCGGCGUGGAAGAUGGAGCUAGGAAGGUUGCCAAGGGAAUUGAAGAUGCUGGACAGUGGAAGUGA